GCAUAAACCAUGACUUCCCCUACAUACACCACGUCUUGUCGUGCAGCCGCUUUGAUUCGCGCUGAAUCCAUGCAAAAUGUCACCCGACUCAGAUGACAAGCAGCCGACGUCUCCUAAUAACUGUCCCAGUCCAAGCUUCAAAGGGCGGCUCAAUCUGCAGGACUUCGUCUAUAAAAACCAGCAUCUCGCCACGAGUAGUACUCGAGCCGCCCGGGUGGCAAACAGGAGGCAAUCAACACCCAUCUCAGGCUCCACCUCGCCAGCUCCAACGUCCAGGUCAAACCCAAGCAGGGCCUCGAAACGGAAACAACAGGGUAGCGAGGAGGAAUCAAGCCCUUCAAAAAAGCGCAUCAGACCCCCAUCAACCUACGCGCCGCCAUCAACGUAUGCCCACCUCACACCCCUCACAGAUGCUCUCCACCCGAAAAUGUUUGUGCUCUUUAUUGGGCUCAACCCGGGUGUCGAGACGGCGCGGACAGGUCAUGCCUACGCUCACCCUACCAACCUGUUUUGGCGGCUGCUGCACGGCUCCAACAUCACCACCCGCCUCUGCCGGGCUGCUGAGUACUCGUCGCUGCCUGACUUUGGCUUCACCAAUAUCGUCGCCCGCCCCAGCCGCAACGGCGCUGAGCUCGCCAAGCAGGAGCUCGACGCGGGCGUGUCCAUCCUGGAGGACAAGAUUCGGACUUGGAGGCCCCAGGUCGCCUGCAUCGUCGGCAAGAGCAUAUGGGAGUCGAUCUGGAGGGUACGGCACGGUAGGGGGAUCAGGAAGGACGAGUUCAAGUACGGCUGGCAGGAUGAGGAUGAGCGGAUGGGCUGUCUGCGCACUCAAGACGAUGCUGAAGAUGUGGCCGAGGGUGUGAUCCCCUCGCCGGAUUGGAAGGGCGCUAGAGUGUUUGUUGCUACGAGUACCAGUGGGCUUGCGGCUACCCCGCCGCUCAAGGAGAAGCAACGGAUAUGGGGCGAGUUGGGUGCAUGGGUUGAGCAAGAACGUGCGAGCAGGCUGGCGCGAAAAGAGAGUGACGGAGGCUGAAUUACUGGGGACAAACUCUAAUAUACGUGUUUUUGACUUAUACAUUCGACGCAAUAUCGCGUACGCACGACAGACGUGCGUUCUACACCCGUGAAGUUGGGAUAGCCCCUGUAAAGGGCUACCUUACUUUUUGCAACCUACUUUUUUUCCCUAUUCUUCCAACCAAUUAAUAAAAUAGGGAUAAACCCGUACGCAGGUAUUGCUUCGUUGGUUUACUACCUGUCUAAUAGGCUCCCAAAAAUCCAUUCACC